CUUCUCGCUACGUCGCUAGAACCUUUGAGUAACAAACCGAAGAGAAACGUUCUCCGCGAUGUGAACCAUGACAAAGACGGUGACGCGUGAAGCGAAUGGCUGCUUAGACGACGUGAGGAGCUUCCUAGACGAUCUCCAUGCGGCGUGGCCGGGCCCUCCGUUGACCCUGCGGAACGUCGGCUUGGCCGUGCCACUGCUGGCCAUCCUUUGGACGUACUGGCAGCUGCCGGCGCUGAGAGUCGAGAAUGGAAGUGUGGAUCAUUGUGACCCGCUUCGUACCUACGGGGAGAUAACAGUGCGAGGGAUGCACACCAUCUCACGCAUUGCUCCUAGAGGUGGUGUCUUCCUUGACAUUGGCUCAGGCCAUGGCAGCUUUGUCCUUUGGGCUGCCCAGGAAGGCUUCAAUGAGAGCCGAGGAGUUGAGGUGGUGCAGGAGCGGCACGAGAAAGCCCUCAGAUCGGCGAAGGCUGGAACGGCAACAACCUUUCGACUGGGCGACGUUUUGAAUCAUUUGGACCUCUUGAACAACACAGACCUGGUCUUUUGGAACAACUUGUGCUUCUCAGACGAGACCUCACAGCAGGUCACAGAGGCCUUUGUUCAGCGUGCGGCGCCAGGCGCGCGGAUGGUGACAUUGGCGGAGCUGGAGGCGAGUGGCAUCUCCAAACUGACCAUGAGGCGUGGAGAAGUGCCAGUGGAGAUGGACUGGCGUGAGGAGGGCUAUUUGCCCUAUGUUUACAUGCGCCGAGCGAGUCAAGCGAGUGAGCGCUGAGCGAACAUCGAGCUGAGUGAUGGAGAGUGGCGGGCACCGCGUACAACUGACACUGACCCGAGACCGACCGGAGACCCACGUAGAGUGCAAAGGGGAGGUCGGAACAUGUCGAGUGCAGAUGUGUCAGUCCCGGUCAAGCAAGUUGAGAACUCGAGAGCAGUUGAGAACUGUCGAUUGCAGAUGUCU